UUGGAAAUCUAAAUGAGGGUACACCAUCACAUACAGUUUGGAUAAACAUAAAACAUGAUAUUUCUAUAUCCAUGAAGUCCAUAAUCCCCAUUAAAAGCUCAAGCCAUUUUGCGGUGUCUGCAUUCAUUGAUCACAGGAUCAAUAAAGCUAUUCGAGUAAUCAGCAUAAUCAAAAGAAACAGUACACAGCCACUUUAUUGUCUAUAUUGCAACAAUGGCCAAUCAUGUAAGUUUACUAAGGCUGAAAUUGAUAUACACUCAGAUCAUUUUGGUUUCCCAUUUGGUGCCUCAGAUGUACUGUGCCGGGGCAAUCACACCCAAUAUGCAACACACAUUGCCCUUACAGCGAAUGCAGCAGAUGAAGUCUCUGACAUUAAUAACCUAGACUUCCUCCCAAUAAAGAACAGAGUUAGUAAAGAAUCAUUCAAGUACAACUUCACCAUCUGUAUCUCAAAUCUAUUUGGAGAUUACAAUAAUGUUCUGCAGUUUGCUCAAAGCAUGGAGAUGUACAAGCUUCUUGGUGUACAACGAGUUGUAAUCUACAACACCAGCUGUGGUUCUGACCUGAACAAACUUUUACAGCAUUAUGAGAGAGAAGGAAUUCUAGAGAUUGUACCAUGGCCUAUUGAUCAGUUCCUUAAUCCAUCUGCAGGAUGGAAUGCCACCCUGCAUCCAGGAGACCUUCAUUACUAUGGCCAGUUGGUAACUCUCAAUGAGUGCAUUUAUAGACAGAUGUAUCAGUCCAAAUAUGUUCUCUUGAAUGACAUUGAUGAGAUCAUCAUGCCUUAUAAGUAUGCUAACCUUCCAUUGCUGAUGGAGGAUCUGCGACAGAAGCACAAAUCUGCGACUGUAUUUCUCAUCGAGAACCACAUUUUCCCCAAGACACAGUUUGAAGACAGUGGCAAGUUUGUUCUGCCAGAAUGGAAAAAUAUUCCUGGUAUCAAUAUUAUGGAACAUAUUUACAGAGAACCAGACAGAAAGAACAUUUACAACCCCACAAAGAUGAUCGUCAACCCCAGGAACAUGAUGCAAACUUCAGUGCAUUCAAGUCUGAAACACACUGGAGACGUCUACCGGGUUCCUUUAGAUGUGUGUCGGAUCAUUCAUGUGAGAACACCAGCACAGUGGCGUCUUACCAAGGAACAGUUAUUUGUUGAUACAAGAGUGUGGGACUUUCAGCAAGAGCUGAUUCCAAAUGUAGACAGGGCUCUGCAGUUAUCAGGAUUGAUAAAAAGUGAAGUUUUGUUUUUUUUGAGGGGUUUUAAAAAGCUGGUGUCCAGUACACUUGCAUGA